AUGCUCCGCCUGCUGCUGCGCGCCUGGCCCCCCCGCCCCGCCGCCCGCCCGCCCGCAUCCGUGCGUCCGAUCCGCGGCCCCCCCCUGCCCACCGCCGCCGACCCCGCGAUGGAGCCCUCGGAGGCGGCAGCGGCGGAGCCGUCGGCCGGUCAGAACGGCGCGCGAUGCUCGGAACUCGACGGGGAGGCGCCGGAGAGCACCGACUACGCGAACUACUUCUGCACCUACUCCUUCAUCUACCACCAGAAAGACAUGCUGGAGGACCACAAGCGCACGGGCAGCUACUUCAACGCCGUGAUGCGCAACCGCGGGGCGUUCGAGGGCCGCGUGGUCCUGGAUGUCGGCACCGGCUCGGGCAUACUGGCCAUUUUCGCGGCCAGGGCGGGCGCCAGGAAGGUGUACGCCGUGGAGGCGACGUCCAUGGCCAAGUUCGCGAGGGAGCUGGCGAUUGGGAACAAGUGUGAAGAUGUGAUAGAAGUGAUUCAAGGGACGAUCGAGACCGUCACAUUGCCAGAGAAGGUUGACAUCAUCAUUUCCGAGUGGAUGGGAUAUUUCUUAUUACGGGAGUCCAUGCUCGAUUCCGUUCUUGUCGCCCGAGACAAGUUCCUCAAGCCUGAUGGGGCGCUGUACCCGAGCCAUGCCCGCAUGUAUUUUUCACCUAUUGAAUCGCCAGGAGCGAGCGCAUGGCAAGGGGAAUACCAGGGGGCCAUGGAAGGGUGGCAUAGUUUUCUACACGCGAUGUCCAGUCUGUAUGACGUCGACUUGGGGUGUCUGACAAACGAAUUCAACAAAGAGCAGGCAGAUUACUAUCUCCAGACUGCACAGUGGACGGAUGUGCACCCAGCACAGAUGUUGGGCCCGCCUGUGUGCUUCAAAGAAUAUGACUUGUUAACAGUCACACUGGAAGAAUUGAAGAAGCCAGUUUCUGCAGCAUUUACCCUCGACGUCGUGGCUGGGGGACCAGUGGAGGCAUUAGCAGGCUUCUUCGAUGUGGAGUUUCGAGGGUCGCCAACCAACCCAGCCGAUCACCCUGUCAGGUUGAGCACAGCUCCUGAUAUGGCCGGUAGCACCCACUGGGGCCAACUCAGUUUCUUCAUCCAUCCACCCAUUGAUUGUGGCCAGGGGGACAAGCUACGUUGCAGGGUGUGCAUCACCAGAAAGCAGGAGAAUCACAGGCUCAUGAACGUGAGCCUGCAUUGCGACGUGCUGGACCCAUCUGACAUGCCCACUGGGGUGCCAUCCAGAGACCUCACGUUUCAGAUUGAGUAG